AUGACGCAGAGUGCCCAUAUUUCACAGCGAGUGUGGAAUACAGAACAUGUGCGAAAGUUGAAAACCAAGUGUGGGAAACCACAAGGGGGGCCACCUACCGGCAAUAUUCUAGAGGUUGUCGUUGACUACCUCACACAAGCUGGAUUUAUACAUGUUGCACGCAUGCGCAUAUCAAGUGCUCUGGUCGAGCGAUGGAGACCAGAGACACAUACUUUCCACAUGAACCAGGGUGAGAUGACGAUCACCUUGCAGGAUGUGGCCGGCAUACUUGGAUUACCUACUGACGACCUUGUCGUUACCAGAUCUACAAACGAGGAUUGGCCUGCUGUUUGUGCUGCCGUUUUUGGUGCGGAGCCACUGGCCAGUGAGUUUCGUGGAUCAGGUGACCUCCGCAUCUCAUUCUUGGAUCGUUUAUAUACCCGGUGGACUGAUGCAGAGGGUGAUCAUGAUUAUAUAAAUUUAUAA